AGUACCAAUACAGUAUUGCACAAUCCCUGCUUUGCCACCAAGGAGGAAUGUUUUGACUCUGUAUUCAAUUUGAUCUUAAGUUAUGAUUAUUUGUAACAUAACUUCUUAGGCCUAUUUACAAUUUAUUAAAAAGUGUUUUUUGUGAUAGGGAGUAGGAAUAAGUGAAAAUGUUUGUUGAACUUUGGCACUUUAUGGUUCAGGUUUAUAUUUUUCUUUUGAAGUGGUUUAAACACUACUAUGAACCUGUGGAUAUUAAAAAUGCAGAAACUGGUAGUCAAAACAUGGUUCCUAAAAGUGUUAACUAUCAUUUUACAAGACAGUGCAAUUACCAGUGUGGAUUUUGUUUUCACACUGCUAAAAAUUCGGUUGUUUUGCCUGUGGAGAAAGCCAAACAUGGACUGAAGCUGUUAAAAGAUGCAGGAAUGGAAAAGGUCAACUUCUCCGGCGGAGAACCAUUUAUUCACAAAAAUGGGGAAUUUCUUGGUACUCUAGUGAAAUACUGCAAAGUAGACCUAAAGUUGCCCAGUGUAUCCAUUGUGAGCAAUGGUAGCCUUAUAAGGGAGGCAUGGUUUAAGAAAUAUGGAUUAUACUUGGAUAUUUUGGCAAUUUCUUGUGAUUCUUUUGAUGAAGAGACAAAUAAGAAGAUUGGUCGUGGACAAGGGCGAAACCACGUACAAAAGUUAAAGCAAAUAAGAGACUGGUGCGAAAAGUAUAAGGUAAUGUUUAAAAUCAACACCGUUGUGAACACUUACAAUGUUGACGAAUAUAUGGGAGAAUGUAUUGCUAUUCUGCGGCCAGUACGAUGGAAGGUGUUUCAGUGUUUGUUGCUGGAAGGAGAGAAUGCUGGACCUGAAGCUCUGCGGAAUGCGGAAAAGUUUGUCAUUAGCAGUGAAGAGUUUGAAGAGUUUCUUGAGCGGCAUAGUCACCUGCCUUGUUUAGUGCCUGAAAGCAAUGCUAAGAUGCAAAACAGUUAUUUGAUUUUGGAUGAAUUGAUGCGGUUUUUGGACUGUAGAGAUGGAGCUAAGAAACCGUCUAGGUCUCUCUUGGACGUUGGUGUCCACAACGCUCUGAAUGCUAGUGGAUUCGAUGAAAAGAUGUUCCGGAAGAGAGGAGGCGUAUAUGUUUGGAGCAAGAAAGAUUUAUUUAAAGACAGCGAAGAAAUGUUUUAAAACAAAUGUGUUAUUGAAGCAAACUACAUUUACCUGAUAAGGUACCUGACUUGUGUUUUAGUUAACGACAGUACGAUAAUUAUAUUAUUUUGUAAACACUAUAUACAGACUGAGGAUAACUUGUACCUGAAUUCGGCACAGGUUUUCUUAAGUUAAAAUACUGUUUAAAUAUGAACAGAAUAGAUUUAGAAUCUAAGAAUUUUGAAUUUUGUUACUUAAUCUAGAGAUACAUAGGCCUACUCUCUACAUAUGUCUUACAUGGUCUUAUGUAAUAAGAGUUACUCUUUCUAUAAGUUAUGAAUUUGAAAAUAUGACUUUGUAAGAGUAUAUUUUGAGUGUAAUUAGUCAAU